UGACGGUCCCAAGGAGCCGACAAAGUGACGAUAGAUAUACCAUUGCCUUUUGUCGGAAGGAAGUAAAGAUGGCGCCCACGCAUGUAUUAAGAUGCUGCCAACGGGGAUUAGCUUGGAUUCCAGUUAUUUUUAUUGCCUUAGUGGUGUGUUGGUCGUAUUACGCGUAUGUUGUGGAACUGUGCAUAAUCACCAUUCCGAGCACAGGGGAAAAGAUUGUCUACCUGGUGCUCUUUCAUCUCUCAUUCAUCAUGUUUGUUUGGUCCUAUUGGAUGACCAUUUUCACUAGACCAGCAAACCCCUCCAAAGAGUUCUGUUUGCCAAAAGUGGAGAAGGAGCAGUAUGAGAAGGAGGAGCGACCGGAGAACCAGCAAGAGAUCCUGAAGAGGGUGGCCAGCAGUCUGCCUCUUUAUACCCGCACUGGGGCAGGCGCCAUCCGGUACUGUGACCGCUGUCAGGUGAUCAAACCUGACCGAUGCCAUCACUGUUCCGCCUGUGACAUGUGUGUCCUGAAGAUGGACCAUCACUGUCCUUGGGUGAACAAUUGCGUGGGCUUCUCCAACUACAAAUACUUCAUCCUGUUCCUGGCCUACUCGCUGGUCUACUGUCUUUUCAUCGCAGCCACAGUCCUCCAGUACUUCAUAAAGUUUUGGACACUAUGCCGGAGGAAAUCGGCUGAGAAUUGUCCACAGAAUGAGCUGCCAGAUACUCACGCCAAAUUCCAUGUUUUAUUUUUAUUUUUUGUGGCGGCCAUGUUCUGCAUCAGCAUCUUGUCACUCUUCAGUUAUCACCUGUGGCUAGUGGGAAAGAACAGAUCCACCAUAGAGGCAUUCAGGGCCCCCGUCUUCAGAAAUGGCCCUGACAAGAACGGCUUCUCUCUGGGCUUCACUAAGAACGUCGCUCAGGUGUUUGGUGACGAGAAGAAGUACUGGCUGUGUCCUAUCUUCACAAGUCAAGGAGAUGGGCUCACGUUCCCAACACGUCUGGUGAACAUUGACCCAGAGCAGCCAACAGUAAUUAUACAACCGGACAGCAGUAAAAGUGUUGAAGACGGGUCUGUCCCCCAGAGUCCAAUGAGCGACUCUCAGAACCGCCUCCUAGGCAGCGACCAUCACAUCAGCGAUGAUCACUUGAGCAUCGAUCCUCUCAAGUCAGAUGGAACCGACGAUAUCACAGUUUACUUGGAGAGUGAAUCAUAGCCCGGGCGGGUUUGACGGGGGGGCUGCAGUGUUCCUCUGUGCUCUUCGGACUCCCAGGUUUGGAGACUCCCGAGGGGAAAGAACAGCCAUCAAAUCGGAUGCCUUAAACAGACUCCAUCCUAUUGCUUUAUCCUUACGGGGAAGACCCAUCAGCACAUAUGAGUUUGGCACAUGGACGCUGUCGUCUCGGCUGUCAUGUUAACGACCUCAUUUCACUCAGUGCUCUUUUUCUCUCUUGGGGUGUUUUUAUUUUAUUUUAUUUUUGUUUUGCCUUGCUUUUCACCCUCUCUCCCUUUCUUGCCACAGCUUAGUUUGAGUAUGUACUGUACAUCCACACACCUAACACGCAUGCCAUCACAUCAAACCACACACCACAUCAAAGACCUUUAUACAGGUACCUAAAAUGACUCCAUCCAGGGUGGACACUGAGAGUUCAUUUGAACAGUACUUUACGGGUUUUGGCACUCAGAAUCAGAUACUUGUGCAAUUCUGAGUAUUGAAAUUUCUGUUGGUUAAGGCAUCACAGGAUGAAGGGCAUUAUAAGAUCCAUGUGGCUGUGUGAAGCAAACCCACAAUGCAUUGUUCACGGUUUUAAAAGACCGUGUUUGUUUACUGUACUGUUUAGAUGUCUGUAGGUUGUGGCAAAGCUGCUAUCAAACAUUAAUCAUUUGGCUAGAAUUUGAAUCGUAUUUACUUCUCAUAAGGCUGUCCCAACGUUCCAAUUCUUUUGUCUUGUAGAUAUUAGCAUAGGAAAUACCCCCAUUUGGCUUAAAUUUAACUCAAAAGUCAAAGUAGUUUGUCACCUGCUAGUAGUUAAGUGUUUUUUUUUUCUCUCCUCUAAUGAAGAAAUGCUGCUUUCUGAUUUAGCCAAACUGCUUUUGUCCCAUGAAACCAUCUGCAGUGGAUGAAACUUGAGACCCAGACCUAAACUAUUCCACCGCCUUUGUUCAAAGGAGUGCUCGAAGGGUCAAAGCCACUGGGAUAAUGUGUGCCUUAUUUCAAUUGUUUUAUUUUACUUGAACGGCAUUUCAGCCAAGUUGUCACAACCCUCUGCAGGUAGGAUCAGGCUUGCUACACCACACAGAAUAUGCAGCUUAUGUAUCAGUGGCGAUCUCUAACCUGUUGGUUCGGACACAUUGAAAACGCCUCCCUAAGAGAAAUGUUGACAUCCUAUUGGUCAUUUGAGACUGAAAAAGGUUUUGUUUUUUUUAAUCAUGAAGGGGACCAAACAUAGCCAUGGCCUUUUAAGUCUGCUGUGUAAAGCUAUGAUUGGAAAAGGCCUUUAUCCAAAACUGCUUCUGGAAGGAGGGAUGGUUGAAUCUUCACACAAACAACAGGGGCACCAGGAGCUUGAACAGGCUUGUGUUGUGUGUUUGUUCUUUUUAUUUGUUUCUUUUUUUUGUUUGUUUGUUCCAUUGUUUUCCAUCCUGAUGUUUACACUACAUAACAAAACGAAAAAAGGGGACUGUGACAACAAACCUCUGUAUCAGAUUAGAUAGCCAUUGCUGGCCUUCGGAUAUGGCCUGGAGACUUCGAAGGGACUGCUCUCUGUGGCUCUGAGCAGAACCUCAGCCAAAGCCUUACAGACAGAAUCAUGAAAGGAACUUGUGCUUUGGUUAAGGACUAGUACGGAAAAGAGCACAAGAUGGAGCAUUUGCACUUUUUUAGACUUAAGAUGUACAUACGGAUUUUGUUUGUUUUGUUUUUACUUACUGUGCACAUUAUGUCAUGAUUUCCAAAGUACCCCCAGAUUGCACACUGGGCUUGGCAUUUGGUAGUUUUGAGUUUGAUUCAUUUUUAGAAAAACACAACAAAAUUGCCAGACCAAAAUCAGUCCCCCUAAGGGAUGGAGAGGGAAGAGUUGUUGUAAAAGGGAGUCAGUCAGUGACUUGAUGAGGAUGUACAAAUCACAUGCUGCUUGGCUUCCUGUCUAAUAUCUUUCUGUCAGUGUAACAGGAUGCGUAUGUCUGUGUGUUUGUCAACGACUUCUCUGCAAGCCUCAGCCAAUGCGCACUUGGCUCAAACUGUUGUCAUGGGGGAUUUUCUCUGAAAUACAGUUUGUGGUCGAGUUGUAGAGUUUUGCCUCUGCCAACCUUAUGAUUCUGUGGUGUGAGGUCACCCAUGUUUUUUAGCCAAUCAAAUCACUGGGCAACCCAAGCUCUGAACAUCGGUGGAUUGUUUACAGUUUUGUGUGUGUGAUACCUCUCUGUGUCCAUAGAAUGGCCAGUGCUGUCAAGCUAACCAAAUGAAACCACUUGUUUGUGCUGGUGAUUUCAACGGUUUACCUGCCCUUUUACGAGGGACUGCUUAAGUACCAGUGCAGGCCAGCAGGUGGCAGCACUCAUCCAGCAUGCAAUAUCUGGCCACACGCUUGGGUCAAUUCACUUUUAAUGUCUGAGAAAUGUAUUCUUCUGGUGAUGCAGUAAAAUGACUAAUUGCCUCCAAUAUUCCGUUGUUUGCAUAUUUUUAGAUUUCAUUUUUAAGAAAAUGUCUUCUGGAUCCUGAUAUUCCCUGUGAAAUCCAAAGGUGACUCAUGGCUUCUAUGCUGUUAUCGUGACUAGUGUGUUGGUGGUUCAGCCCCUGUAAUUGACUCUGUGAAUGAUGAAUACGUUUACAUAUCCGCUCUGAGUGUGUCGAGUCUUGUGGCUGUUGUUGAAUGUACUUGAGGUGUGGUGGUAGUUGCGGUUGCGGUGGUGGUAGGGAAACAUCAGAGUGUGCUAUUCUGGUUGUAUACCUACUUUUGCCAUGUGGUAAUUUUUCGAACCAUGCAUUUGAAGGCCAGUCCAGGACGCUACAGCAGUACCCACUGGAUUCUUCUGAACCUGGUAUCUAAUGCAGCUGGAGUGAUGCCUGGAUGUGUCUGCUUAUUCCUGACUUGUAGUGCCCUAAAACCCCCAAGAGCUGCUGUCAUCGAUAGAAGCCCUAAAAACACAAAUGGCAGUGGUCUUUGGCAUGCACCAAUCCAUGAUCCUUGUUGUGUUUUACAUAAACUAAAGAUGUGCCCCUCAUUUCUCAUUCAACAGCAAGAAAAUGAAAUGUCAAAGUCAAUGGUUUUAUAAGGUGUAAGACAUCCUGAACAUGUCGGUUGUAGAUACAACUGGCAUAAGAGCAUGCAGAAAUACAUUUUUUUUUUCUGUUUCUGAACCAUUUCGUAUUGUCUUUUUUAAAACAAAAGCAUUUUAUAUUUGUCUUUUUGUUACUUGUCAUUCAACGUUUAAAAAGUAGUUUGGAAGCCAUAAUCACUUCUGAUAGGAAGGAAUAUCUUGGACCAUUUUAAAGUCUUAUUUUGGUGGCUAUCAGAUAACUGUUUUACUGCAUGAAAAGUACAAUGAUAUUUGUACUCUGCUUAUAGUGCAAGCUUGGGUUCCUUGGUUUUUGAUGUCAUGUUUUUAUAUAUAUAUAUAUAUAUAUAUAAUGUAAAAUGUAAAAACAACCUUGCAUUUUAUUUUUCUCACCUGAUUUACUUUAUCGUUGAAUAUUAUGUGAAUGAAGUACAAUAAAGAAACAAUAAAUGUUCUUUUUGUAAACCUC